AGUUGUACUGAUGGGACUUGGUGGGACAGUCAAAUCAUGUGACUCCCUUAUACAAUCACACCAUAACCACAUUACAACUAUAUUACAUUUUAUCAUUACUAUAUAAAUCAAAUUCUCAUUGACACCUUAAUCAAAAUCAAGAAGUCAAUGUAGAGCGGCAAAACCAUGUCUACAGAAACUCAAUAUCACGACGAAACCCGCCAGCUCCAAGACGACGACGACCCCUUCGACCCCAAUAUGAUUCAGCACAUCGACAAAUCUGGAAAUGAAUAUCGCAUCUGGGAGGAUGAAAUACAUGUCGAACAGUCUAAGCCUAUACCACCUUUACCGGAAUAUGUGGACAUUGAAACUAUUCUCAAUCUAGGUCGCGAGGCCAGCGAAAAUUAUGACAAUACCGGCCUACUCACACCAAGCCCCAGCGCAAGAUCACCUUCGUCAUCUCCAACUUCAUUCGAUUCAUCCAAUCCAGACACAGAGCCGAAUCCAAGCAUGCAAACCCAGCAACCUCUAAACCCAAUACCUAUUCAAAAAUCACCAAUCAAUUCGCAAUAUCACCGUCAAUCUCGCACAAUCUCCCCUUUCACCAUAAUAACUCGAUCUCGUAUUACAUCAAAAACUACGUUUUGUGCAUUGAAUGAGAAGAGAAAGAGUGAGAUUGCAUGUGAGUUACAAUGGAGUUUGCUUGGAUCUCUCCUUUUUGUUGACAUACACUUUGACAUACACUAAUUACUGUUUCUACGUUUCAGAUCCACUCCCCCACAAAUCAAGUUUCCGUUCUUCCAGUCGUAACUAUCGGAUCAGAAAGAAACCAAAUAAAAAUCCAUAUUCACCAGCGCGUUCGCGGAUAGUUUGACCGGGAUCCGUUUGUAAUUCAAGGACGAGGAAUGGACUUACCUCCGUUCCCGCCGCCCUGAGCUUGUAGCUCUUACACCUCGCGCAUCGCCAUAUUCGCUUUGUUGUUACCGAUUCAACUACGCUAUAGCAGACCUUGGUGUAGGAAACCUAUCACAUUUCAUGGUUGCUUGAUCCCAAGUCUAGAGCCGGAGCAUCUCCUCGAAGCACUUGACUUCUCUCUACAGGAGAACUCUAUCUUCGAAGAUGUUGGUAGCCCGUAUGCUGUAAUUACCAUCUUGGUCGCUCGGGCUUUCCCCAAUAUACGAUAUGUUAUGUAAGACUUACCUCCACCAGCAAUUACGAAAGCUGUAUGAAAUUCUGAGGGAGAAGGAGGGAAUUCAGCUUCUAAUAAUGGGGGCUCGCAAAUGAGUCAGGACAAUUGUAAGUACAUUUUAUACAGCGAGGUGUGUAAGGCUUUUGGCUAAUUUCAUCCUAUAAGUAGCUCCGAUGAAACUCACAGAGGACCAUGUUUGAUGUGUAUGUACGCUGGAGCUCAGGGAAAUCGUCUGGACCUCUGCAACUACCGGGCCAGUAGUGCAGAGGCUCGUAGGAUAUGUGUAGGAGAAGAUCUUCUAUGUUGCUUGGUUCCGGAUCGGAUCAAGGAUUUGUGGGAUGUUUAUGUCGAUCUUCGCGUGAGUGACCCGGAGGAGCUGCGUUCAGAUGCCUAGAAACAAUCCCAUCGACCUUCAUAUCUACGGAAUCUGUCAAUGGCCUUGUUCUGAAGACAGUGAACUUAGAGAAGGAUUUUCCGGCUUCAAUUGUUGAUAAUAUCCGAGUCGACAGCAAGUACUGCGUGGUGGAAAUCAAGAUGAAAUCGAGAACCCUUUUCCUGUAAGCGGCCUGAAAGCACUCUCAGUCCCUUACUAGAGGGGUUAAGACGGCAAAGUAUACGAGCCCGACAUACAAACACGGAUCGAUCGAAUCUAGGAAGGCCAUCUAACUCUAUAUAAAAUAAAGACGCUAGAAGCCUUUCGGCACAAUGUUGUGUCUCGUGGUUAGCCGACGCCUGGCAACGGACAUGUUGACGCAGUCCUGGUAUGACUUGGGUAUCAUCGAGUGCUGGCUCGGAUGAUCCCAAGAACUCGAUGUUGAGGCAAUGAUAUCUGUCUCGCACUUGCGGCGAUAAUGUAUUUCAAAGUUCUCGCCAUCUACUCUACUUUCACCUAAUAAGAAGUCCAGGAACGAAGCAAAUAACCGGGGAACGCAAUGGGAGAUGAAAAAGGAAAUUCCUUUCGCGUUGGUCUCAGCUUCUUCAUUGGUAGCGUUCGUGUAGCCCGUCCCGAGUGAAAGUGCAGAUGUAUAGAAACGUGCAAAACGUACUUAUCUCAUCAUUAUCUAGCUCGUUUUCCUAAGAUUGAAGGAAAUCUUUAAGGUCAUGAACGGUCGACCACCCUCCGGAUCUUGCUGCAGGGAAAGCUUCAGAUCCUUCGAAACAACUUAGCGAAGAAAGCAACAUUUAGUAACGAUUUUAUAUACCUUGUAUAACAUAGCCUGUCCCGAAGAGCGAUACGCUGGUGAUUCGAUAAUAGCACCAGGUCGUAAUGCAGUGAAAGUCAACAGCAAUAUCAUGAGACCUAACUGGAUCCGUGUUCAUUCAUAUAUGAAGUUAUGUGUCAUUCAUCCAGAGAUAUCCUAUAAGGUCCUGUAUAUAUACGAUACGAGCUAUAGGCUUUUCCCUCGUUUUUGUACUUAUUAAAUCGGGCACAUAUUACUCAUCAUUGGGAUUUGGCUGGAAUUUUCUAGCUCAAUGUGCAGAAUCUAUCGAUAAAUUGAACGCGUCGUCGAGAUCGGUAGCAAUAGAUGCUCAGACGGGUGGUUCCGAAGCUCCUAGUAUGGGAAUGGGGUUUGAAGGUGUAGGGGACCUGGCAGGCGUACCUUUCUCACAGAUACCGAAAGUUGGAUAAAUGGACUUGAGUAUCCAUUUGUUGAUCUGUGGGAUAUGUUCGAGCAGGAAUAUCAAUAAUUCAACAGUAAAGAAGUUUUCUUUAGAUAAUUUCACUCAAAUCUGGUUUCCUCCUAUGCCUUGGGGCUAUAAUACAACGAAUUUGGAAUCUUUCGCAAUCCUUCGUUUCAAUUCUCAGCAGUUUGGUGCCAUGCGACUGCACCACAU